GACUGCAUAGACGAUCUUCGGAGGCGGCAGUUCUCCAAACGAAGGAGGACAGACCACUUCCAGUGGUUUCUGGGCUUUGGUGCUGCAGGCGUGGCUGUCAAAUGGGAGUGGUAGGAAGAACGACUUUGCAGCUGCCACGGACGAACUGUUAAGUCGCGCCUCCACGCCCACGUUCAACUGCCUUGAAUAAGGAGAAGAACAAGAUAUUCAAGGGCGGUGAAUCUGUAAUAUAAACUGUGUUGUUUUCUUGUUUUUUUUUUUUUCUCACCUCAGCUUGGAGAGGUUGGUGGCAGCUUUCGGGCGCACGUAAGAAGCAAGGUAGUUUGCGCUGUUGGCUGACGUGGAAUAAUGAGCCUGGCGCAGCUGCUGAAAAGCCACUUCCUGAGCCACCUGAUCAUCUGCUACGUGUUCCUGGUCAGCGGCCUCAUCAUCAACCUGUUGCAGUUAUGCACACUCCCCCUGUGGCUGCUCGACAAGCAGCUGGCCCGAAAGGUCAACUGCAGAUUAUCCUAUUGCAUCUCCAGCCAGCUGGUAGCAGCAUUGGAGUGGUGGUCUGGAACCGAAUGCAGCCUCUAUACAGACCCAAAGUCUUACCCUUUGUACGGAAAAGAAAACGCUAUCGUGGUUCUCAACCACAGUUUUGAGAUUGACUUCCUGUGUGGUUGGACCUUCUGUGAGCGAUUCGGAGUUCUUGGGAGUUCCAAAGUUCUUGCCAAAAAAGAGUUGGCAUACAUUCCUGUCAUUGGUUGGAUGUGGUACUUCCUGGAGAUCGUUUUCUGCAAGAGGAAGUGGGAAGAGGACAGAAAGACAGUUGCUGAAAGUCUUCAGAACCUGAGGGACUAUCCUGAAAACUAUUGGUUUUUGCUUUACUGUGAAGGAACUCGCUUCACCCCAAAGAAGCACCAGAUCAGCAUGCAGGUGGCCGAGACCAAAGGUUUGCCCAAACUCAAGUAUCAUCUUCUACCAAGAACCAAAGGCUUCUGGGUCACUGUUCAAAACCUGAGAGGAACCGUCGCAGCUGUGUACGAUUCCACUCUCAACUUCAGAAACAACCAAACGCCGACUCUGCUGGGAAUCCUCAACGGAAAGAAAUACCACGCAGAUUUGUAUGUGAGGAGAAUCCCACUGGAGCGGAUCCCAGAAGACGAAUCAGAGUGCGCCGAUUGGCUCCACAAACUCUACCAAGAAAAGGACAGUUUUCAAGAGGGCUACGUGCAGACGGGACGAUACCCCGGCCCCACAGUGAGCCCUCCAUGCCGCCCCUGGUCAUUGAUCAACUGGUUGUUCUGGUCCUGCCUGCUCCUGUACCCACUGGGCCUGCUCCUUGUACAGCUCAUCAUUUCAGGGUCCGUGGUGACUAUAUUGGCAUCAGUGGUGCUCUGCACUGCAGCAGAUUUGAACACCUUGUAAUCUUCAGUGGGAGUUCGUUGGAUGAUUGGCCAAACUGAGAUAAACAGAUCUUCAAACUACGGGAGCAAGAUGACUCAUCAAGAGAACAACUGACGAAGCCCCACCGCCCCCCCAAAAAAAUAAAAAACGCUUGGAGAUGAGUCAUAGCACUGCUGUUGAAAAAAGAUGAAAGUUCCUGGCUUUAUGACUGCACUGCCGCUUGCUGCUGCACCAAGUGGUGACCUUCCCUGAGGCACAAUGCAUCCAGUGUGCACCCAAGAAUCAAGUGGACAGUUCUUGGGAAAAAGUAGUCAUUAAUCAACAAGCAUACAUUAUGAUGAAAAUCAUAAUAGUUAUGUUCAAAGAGUUACAUAAAAGAAUUGCCAAAAAUGUA